UGCGUGUCAAGGCAAAGAUGGCGGCGCCCAAGGCACAUGCUUUGGUACACCGGGUGCUGGCAGAGUGCCCCGUGACAAAGGCUCGGGCUUGCGAGCUGAUAUUGCCGCAUGGACCUGUCAGCACUCCGGUCUUCAUGCCUGUGGGGACCCAAGGCACAAUGAAGGGCGUGACAUCGGAUCAGCUGCGGGAUCUGGGCUGUGAGAUCUGUCUGGGGAACACCUACCACCUGGGGAUGCGGCCGGUGGGUGGACUGGAGGGGCACAGAUAUCCUCUAACAGCUGCCAGGCGUGGGGGAUGUUAACUAGAUUGUAGUAAAGUUCAGUUUUAGUUACAAGUGUUUAUAGUGUUCUUGUUUGCUGGUUGAGUAUAAUUUACUACUGGGUAUGGAGUUAGCUGUAAGGGGUAUAUUCACUAAUUGAAAUGAAUUGUCUGGAAUGAAAAAUGUUUGGCCAAUAUGAAAACCUAACUGUUUGGAGAAAAUCUACAGUUCCUAUAUUCUUACCUUACAUUUGAAAUUCAGUUUCAGGGUUAGAAACCCCCCCCUCACCCCUCACCCCCAAAACUCGAAUUCUAGAGAACUACAAUCCAAAUGGCAACAUUGAGAAGAUUAAAUCAUUAACCCACAGGGAUAUAAUUUCUAAUUAGUGGGGUAAUAGCUGCUUGAUACAAAGAGAUAUCUGACUACUAUUUUGGGGUCAAGAAGGAAUUUUUUCCUAGUUUGUUGCAAAAUUGGAAGCGCUUCAGACUGGGUGUUUUGCCUUCUUUUGGAUCAAGAGCAAAAACAUGAGAGGAAGGCUGAACUUGAUGGAUGCAAGUCUCUUUUCAGCUAUGUAACCAUAUAGCCAUAGUUUGUCUAUUUUAGACUCUGUUUAGUCAUUUGGAGUUUAAUUUGCAGCAUUAAAGGGUUACUCCAACUUUUUAUAAUCGACUUUUAUUUUUAUUUAGUAAUUCGGUCCCACCCCCAUACUAAAGACAAGAAAAUCUUGAAAAGUAGUUUGAAACUUAAAGGAACACUACAGUGCCUCUCUACCUUCACACCCGGACCUGCUCUGCUCAGUCAAGAAACGGAUAAUUACCCUUUUUUAAAUUCCUCUGAUUUCAACGCCGAGUUCCUUUGGCGCUGGAUCAGGCUUCUUUCAGUGAGAUCACGUUGAUCUGAAAACCAAAAGUGUGUGUGCGGUGCAUGUUUGGGUUUCUCCAUUGGAAAGCAUUGAAUCAUUUCAUUCCUAUGGGGUAUUUGAAGUCACUGGAUGUCCUCAUGCAAAGCAUGAUAUCCAGCUUCAUUUUAUGAACUUAAACUCUGUGUAACUGCAGGAGAUACCGUUAGUGGCUGCUUGUUAGAUGGAAUCCUCCAUUGAUAAAGCCAAUUUGCUCCAGCCGUCCCUGGUGAGAGCUUGGGGGAUUGAAUCUUGCUCUAAAAUUUAAAUGUUUUACAUUGCAUGGUUAAUGGAACAUGGAGACAGAGACACUGUACCCAGACUACUACUAAUGAGAUGAAGUGGUGUGGGUUCCUAUAGUAUCCCUUUAAUAUGAAGCGAGCGCUGGCAAAGCUCCCAAUGCUGGUUUCUACACCCCUGUCCAAAGUCACUGUCUCCUUAGUAAGGUCCAAUCAAAUGCUUCUCUAAGCAUUCAACUGGAUCAUUCACAGUUACCCAGAGUGCAUGCACAUGCUCUGAGCAAGGGAGGGAGUGGAUAAAGGAGGGUAUUUAGAAAAAUACAGCAUAUAGUUUACAAUAGAGGGAAGGGAAGGAAGAGCUAGGCUUAUAAUAGAUGGUAGAAGAAUAUAUAUGCACGCUGACGACAGAUGUAAUUGUUGCACAGAUUUGGCAUAGUCAUGUGUGCAGAGGGAAGUGCAGAUAUAUCUGAAUAUGCAGAGUUUCAAUCAAAGAAACAUUGCACAUACAGAAACCUAACACUAUGACCACUUCUAAAAGCAGAAGUAGUCAUGGUGGCUGGAUUAACCCUUUAAGUAAUAACCCUGUGUGAAUUCACAACAAUUUCACUUAAGUGACUAACCUAUGUCUCUGUCAAGUCUUGCUAUUAAGAAAUAAGUCUAGUGUAAGAAACUAACAGACAUCAAUGUCAUAUAAAAAGAUCAAAAUAAAAGAAGAAAAAUGGCAUUCGAUGUAUUUAAGCUUAAGUCCUGCUCAAUGAAUAUAUAAAGACACUGGUAAGGUAUUGUUUGUUUCUUUUUAAAACCAAACAGAAAUAAUCUACUCUUAUAUCAAAGUAAGAGCAGUGAGGAAGAAGCACUUACAAAGCCCCCCCCCCCUGUUGUGACUUUUGGUCCGCACAGAAAUAGCAUGGAAACAACCAUGUUGUUAAAAAUUGCUGAAAGCAGUGUUCAGAUUAUACUUGUUCAUCUGUUAAAGCAGUGUUUCCCAAACCAGUCCUCACAACCCAGCAGCUGCCCAGGUUUUAUCAUUAUUUCCAUUGGAAUAAAAAAGGAAUAUCCAUAAAUUCUGGAUUGUUGGUGGGACAUGAGGAAUGGUUUCUGAAUUACUGAGUUAAAGGAACACUCUGGGCACCAUAACAACUUCAUCAAAAUAAAGUUUAUAUAGUGUCAGGAGGUUCCUGCCACUGGCUCACCUUAAACUGGUUUCGAACAGUUUAACCCCAAAGUCUCAGCCAAUCAGUGACUCCCCAUUCAGAAAAUUUGGUUUGAAAAAGGUAUGUUUUUAUUCAAGUCAGUUUUAUGAAUAGGGAGUCACUGGUUGGCUGAGAAUGUCAGCUGACAUCUUUCAGUCAUUCAUUCUGCACCGCUGUCUGAACCUGAGCCUUCUGCUUUAGAUUUUGAGAAAACGGACAGAGAGGAAGGGAUAUUUGUCACUGGAACACAAACUUUAGGCUUAAGCCAUUCGAGAAUGGUUUAACCCCUUUAAGGAGAGUGAGCACAUGGGACUUCCUGGCACCAUAACAACUUAAUUUUGAAGAAGUUGUUAUGGUACCCAAACUGGUCCUUUUAAAACUCUCAUUUCAAGUAUGCUUAUUGAGUUUUCAAACCUAAACUUGCUGAAGUGGUUUAGGGGUUAACCAGAUACUUACAGAACCUUUUCAAUAAAAUGUACGAUGUCUGAUUUUUGAUUAAUAUUUUUCUUUAUAUGAUUAGAUAUAAUGGUUCGAUUUUAAAAGUUAUUUUGUUCAUGUUUGAAAACCAGUUUUCUUUUUAAAGACAUAGGCUUGAUGGAUGCAUUGACCUGAUAUCAGGGAUAAGGAAAUGUAAUCAUGUUAAACAAUCUCCUGUCUCAUAGGGUCCAGAUAUUAUGAAGAAGGUGAAUGGCUUGCAUGGUUUCAUGAAUUGGAAGAAUAAUCUUCUCACUGUAAGUUUGUAAGAAAUGCAUUGUUUUUUUUACGUCUCAUAUAACUGGGCUAAAAAUGUCCACUUGCCUACGAGUCAUUGGCGAGUGAAAUUCAGCUUUGACAAGUAGGAAUUCACCCUGGUUAGUGUGUCCUGUGGAUACUCCAGGGAUGCAGUGGCAAGUAAUACCUUAUCAGUGUGACAGGCGAGUGGAAAAUGCAAACCAUUAUAACCGAGCAAAUAUUUAAUACACAAAAAUAAAUCUAAAAUCGUUGGCUAGGAGAGAGUAAGGGAAGUUAUGCUAGACCCCAAAAACAGAUAAUAUGAGAAUGUCAAGAAUGGGCAAAAGCUCAGAGUAACUCAGUACCUUGUCCUUCGGUUAAUCCUCGUAGGUCUCAAAAAUCGUUUUUGCUCACUUUGCCAUUAAAAGAAGAACCUGUUCCAAGGUUUAUCAGACUGAUCCCACCCAUAAGGGAAGUCCAGAUCUGAAAUGCUGGAAAGUUUCCUCUGCACGAGAGAUAUAGCAACCCAGACAGUUGGUUUGGGCCUCGUCGAGAUGUUGUAGCUGAUACCACUCUAAAUCUACAAUAGUGGCUGCAUCCCACUGUUUUAACCAUAAAGAGUCUUUCGUGAAUUGGUUCUUUCAUGUCAUUAUUCUCUCCACUUGCAGUAGGUUUGCACCCAGUGCUUUUUUUUUUUUUUUUUAAACCUUUAUGCAGAUUGCUACAGUUCUACCUACAGUUCUAACUAAUAUCCCAUGCUUAACAGCCUCUCACUAAUACUGGUUAUUACCGUAUUUAUUAUAAUAUAAUGCGCACCUCAAUUUUUGAAACCUGGAAGCUGAAAAAUGUUUUUGCUGGCGCAUGUAAUUCACAUUUGUAUUACUAUAUAGAUACUACUAUGCAACAUUGUGCAUUAUUAUUUGUUUAUUUUUUAUAAUCGCUCUUUAUAACUCAAAUUGCUCCUCGUUUAAGGACCGCGUUCUCUUCCUAUGAUGGUCUUUAAGUAUCGACCGCCCUCUUUCCCAGGGGAAAAUUCACUGGCAAAUUUUUAAUUGCGCUGGGGAAUUUACUAAUCUAAUACGCCAUUGAAUCUAAUGCACAUUAACAUUUUGGAAACUUUAUUUUGCCAAUAAAGGUGUGCAUUAGAUUUGAGUAAAUAUGGUAUGUAGUGUUCAGUAACCCCUAACUCAGGGAACAUCAGGGGAUUUAUGCUGUAUUUAUGGGUUUAUAUAUAAACUUUCUGACUGAUGAUUAUCAGGACAGGCUCAGACAGUGCUGGGUUUCUAUAUGAUUUACAGCGACCUCCUGACUGCAGAUUAUCAGGACAGGCUCAGACAGCUCUGGGUUUAUAUAUAAUAUACAGAGACCUCCUGACUGCAGAUUACCAGGACAGGCUGAGACAGUGCUGGGUUUAUAUCUAAUAUACAGAGCCACCCUGGCUGCAGAUUAUCAGGACAGGCUCAGACAGUGCUGGGUUUAUAUCUAAUAUACAGAGACCUCCUGACUGCAGAUCAUCAGGACAGGCUCAGACAGUGCUGGGUUUAUAUAUAAUAUACAGAGACCUCCUGACUGCAGAUUAUCAGGACAGGCUCAGACAGCGCUGGGUUUAUAUAUAAUAUACAGAGACCUCCUGACUGCAGAUUAUCAGGACAGGCUGAGACAGUGCUGGGCUUAUAUAUAAUAUACAGAGACCUCCUGUCUGCAGAUUAUCAGGACAGGCUGAGACAGUGCUGGGUUUAUAUAUAAUAUACAGAGACCUCCUGACUGCAGAUUAUCAGGACAGGCUCAGACAGUGCUGGGUUUAUAUAUAAUAUACAGAGACCUCCUGACUGCAGAUUAUCAGGACAGGCUCAGACAGUGCUGGGUUUAUAUAUAAUAUACAGAGACCUCCUGACUGCAGAUCAUCAGGACAGGCUCAGACAGCGCUGGGUUUAUAUAUAAUAUACAGAGACCUCCUGACUGCAGAUUAUCAGGACAGGCUCAGACAGCGCUGGGUUUAUAUAUAAUAUACAGAGACCUCCUGACUGCAGAUUAUCAGGACAGGCUCAGACAGUGCUGGGUUUAUAUAUAAUAUACAGAGACCUCCUGACUGCAGAUUAUCAGGACAGGCUCAGACAGCUCUGGGUUUAUAUAUAAUAUACAGAGACCUCCUGACUGCAGAUUAUCAGGACAGGCUGAGACAGCGCUGGGUUUAUAUAUAAUAUACAGAGACCUCCUGUCUGCAGAUUAUCAGGACAGGCUCAGACAGCUCUGGGUUUAUAUAUAAUAUACAGAGACCUCCUGACUGCAGAUUAUCAGGACAGGCUCAGACAGUGCUGGGUUUAUAUAUAAUAUACAGAGACCUCCUGAUUGCAGAUUAUCAGGACAGGCUCAGAUAGUGCUGGGUUUAUAUAUAACAUACAGAGACCUCCUGACUGCAGAUUAUCAGGACAGGCUCAGACACUGCUGGGUUUAUAUAUAAUAUACAGAGACCUCCUGACUGCAGAUUAUCAGGACAGGCUCAGAUAGUGCUGGGUUUAUAUAUAAUAUACAGAGACCUCCUGACUGCAGAUUAUCAGGACAGGCUGAGACAGUGCUGGGUUUAUAUAUAAUAUACAGAGACCUCCUGACUGCAGAUUAUCAGGACAGGCUGAGACAGUGCUGGGUUUAUAUAUAAUAUACAGAGACCUCCUGACUGCAGGUUAUCAGGACAGGCUGAGACAGUGCUGGGUUUAUAUAUAAUAUACAGAGACCUCCUGGCUGCAGAUUAUCAGGACAGGCUCAGACAGUGCUGGGUUUAUAUAUAAUAUACAGAGACCUCCUGACUGCAGAUUAUCAGGACAGGCUCAGACAGCUCUGGGUUUAUAUAUAAUAUACAGAGACCUCCUGACUGCAGAUUAUCAGGACAGGCUGAGACAGCGCUGGGUUUAUAUAUAAUAUACAGAGACCUCCUGUCUGCAGAUUAUCAGGACAGGCUCAGACAGCUCUGGGUUUAUAUAUAAUAUACAGAGACCUCCUGACUGCAGAUUAUCAGGACAGGCUCAGACAGUGCUGGGUUUAUAUAUAAUAUACAGAGACCUCCUGACUGCAGAUUAUCAGGACAGGCUCAGAUAGUGCGGGGUUUAUAUAUAACAUACAGAGACCUCCUGACUGCAGAUUAUCAAGGCAGGCUCAGACAGCGCUGGGUUUAUAUAUAAUAUACAGAGACCUCCUGACUGCAGAUUAUCAGGACAGGCUCAGACAGUGCUGGGGUUAUAUAUAAUAUACAGAGACCUCCUGACUGCAGAUUAUCAGGACAGGCUCAGACAGUGCUGAGUUUAUAUAUAAUAUACAGAGACCUCCUGACUGCAGAUUAUCAGGACAGGCUCAGACAGUGCUGAGUUUAUAUAUAACAUACAGAGACCUCCUGACUGCAGAUUAUCAGGGCAGGCUCAGACAGCGCUGGGUUUAUAUAUAAUAUACAGAGACCUCCUGACUGCAGAUUAUCAGGACAGGCUCAGACAGUGCUGGGUUUAUAUAUAAUAUACAGAGACCUCCUGACUGCAGAUUAUCAGGACAGGCUCAGACAGUGCUGGGUUUAUAUAUAAUAUACAGAGACCUCCUGACUGCAGAUUAUCAGGACAGGCUCAGACAGUGCUGGGUUUAUAUAUAACAUACAGAGACCUCCUGACUGCAGAUUAUCAGGACAGGCUCAGACAGUGCUGGGUUUAUAUAUAAUAUACAGAGACCUCCUGACUGCAGAUUAUCAGGACAGGCUCAGACAGUGCUGAGUUUAUAUAUAAUAUACAGAGACCUCCUGACUGCAGAUUAUCAGGACAGGCUCAGACAGUGCUGAGUUUAUAUAUAAUAUACAGAGACCUCCUGACUGCAGAUUAUCAGGACAGGCUCAGACAGUGCUGAGUUUAUAUAUAAUAUACAGAGACCUCCUGACUGCACAUUAUCAGGACAGGCUGAGACAGUGCUGGGUUUAUAUAUAAUAUACAGAGACCUCCUGACUGCAGAUUAUCAGGACAGGCUCAGACAGCUCUGGGUUUAUAUAUAAUAUACAGAGACCUCCUGACUGCAGAUUAUCAGGACAGGCUCAGACAGCUCUGGGUUUAUAUAUAAUAUACAGAGACCUCCUGACUGCAGAAUAUCAGGACAGGCUCAGACAGCUCUGGGUUUAUAUAAUAUACAGAGACCUCUUCACUAAUGAUUAUCCCCCCAAUACUGGUUAAUAUGUUGUGUUUAGGAAUCCCUUGACUUCAGUGGAUUUAUAUAUUUACACGUGUUAUAUAGAGACCCCCCUGAAUGCAGAUUAUCAGGACAGUUUUAGACAGUUGUGGAUUAUUUUUAUUUUUCCAGUUAUCUCUUUUGUAAGCAGUUUUUGUUUCUGUUUUAGGACAGUGGUGGCUUUCAGAUGGUAUCCCUUGUAGAGCUUUCAGAAGUUACAGAGGAAGGGGUACAUUUUAAAUCCCCCUAUGAUGGUAAAGAAAUCCUCCUUACCCCUGAAAAGUCCAUUGAGAUUCAGAAUGCUUUGGGUAAGUCACAUUUUUUUAUUUUUUUAUUCAUGUACCUUCUCCUUGCACCAGUAGAUGGAUUUCACACAUCAGAGCAUUAGCGUCUGUCUAUAGCACUACGGGCGUCUACGAUCUUGAUAAUACUUUAGACUUUGUAGAGGGAGGAUCCCAAAAUGAUUAUUUAUUAGUGUGCUAGAAAAAGGUAGUACCGACAAGGCCUUGUUGGAGAAAUAGAUUCCUGCUGAGAAUAGCCAUCCAUAUAUUUUAUUGUAUCCUCGUCCCAAUCCCAUCCCAUUUCAGUAAAGCUUUUAUUGGUUGUGGAUGUAUGUUGCGGAUGCAGCAAGUCCAAGUUUUGCUUGUGGAGUGUGCAUACCCACAACUGGAACAAAGUGUACUCGGACAGCCCAGAACCAUAGCUUUGUAUCUGUCUGAUUGACAUCUCUGUGCUUACAAAGACUGCAGUUAUAGAACACUCUCAUUAAUGAGAACGGAUGCAAUCUACUCUCUGCACCCUCAGGUUUGCAAUAAUGCUGUUAUUAUUGUCUUUACAGUGACCCUCAAACUUUGAAAGUAUUAUUUUUUUUUCUACUUGCUCCCUUGCUAGCAGUUAGCUGGAGUGAUUGCUGCCGUCUAGGCUUGGAAAUUAUAUCGGCUCAGUCGCUCGGUGACUGUAAGUUCACAGUUUGGCCAUAACGGAUAAUAAUUUGCUCUGGAACUGGUUAGGCAAAAUCCAAUUAAUUAAACGUAAUCGUUAAUACAAAAACGUAUUUAAUGAAAACUCAGAGUUAAUCUGCAUUCGUCAGUUGUUUAAUAUAUUUCUUUUUAAUAUCUUUUUUUUCUAUUUUGUGUGUGUGCAAAUUAUGCAUUGAUUAGACCAAUUGCGCCACCUAGUGAGGGGAGAUGUUACAUUUUAUAAAUCACAACUUGAAGUAAUUAAGUUAUAUUUGUUAAACGAGCACUCUAAUAUAAAUAUACUUAUUAUAACAUUAGCGUGUUCUUCUACGUGGUCUCCCCCUAAAAUCCUGACUGACAAGUGUAAAUGUUGCUGUUUUUUCUGAACCUGCAAUGUGUACGUUUUGUCAGAGUGCAGUGCCAUUUAAGAAGCAGUGGUUGUGGUGCUUAGUGCCCCUUGGUGCAUACGUGGCCUACUCUGUAUACAUGCGUAACAACAAGACUUGAGUCUUGCAAGUACCUAUAUAAAAUUGGGUAGCUGACGUUUCCUUCAGUACAGCUUUGUGCAGUUUUAUUUUCGCCAAUAUUUUAAUCUCAGGACAUGCUGCUGUCCCACUGGAAACCAAACCAAAAGCGUGUAUACAAUAUACUUAACAGAAUAAUAAAAUGACUGCAUCCCCCAGGACUUCCUAAUCUGUCAAAGACAGAAGAUAUGUAGGUAAAACUGGACCUAAAAAGAACCGAUACUGCAGUAUUGUAACAUCACAGGGCAAAGUGUAAAUUGCACUCACAAACCAAGACUUACUAUAAGAGCCUUCAAUAUACCCAUUAAACUUUUAAGACUUACAAUUGCAAAAAAGUAAUAGUGCAGAAUGCUUAACAAUAUAAAAAGUAUAUAUAUAUUUAUUGCAGGUAAAAAAAAAAGCAUAUCACAUGGCACGUUAUAAAUAAACUUUAGAUCCAGUUGCAUGCAAAACCUGGUAAAGGCUGAUGGUUACUGGUAAAGCCCGAUGGUUACUGGUAAAGCCCGAUGGUUACUGGUAAAGCCCGAAGGCUGAUGGUUACUGGUAAAGGCUGAUGUUACAUUGAUGAGCCUUCCAGUUUCUACAAAAGUAGUUUGCCUCCUUUGAAUCUUAAGUGUUAAAAAAAAAAAAAAAAGGAACUGCCAGGAGAAAGCGAGAAAUAUCUGUAUCGCUGGUGGAGUGGCAAAUAUCCACCAAUUAGGCUAGGUAUUUCUAAAAAUAAAACUUAACUUUUAAUAUAGCGAUUAAGAGGUGAAAUAAGUCACCACAAUGAAAAGGAAAACAAAAUUCAAACAGAAAUAAUAAUGUACAUAUUUACAAAACAAUUAUCCUGAGUGUAGCUAUAGUGUCUGUAUAUGAAAGUGUGCUUGUCAGAACCCCUGACACACGUUUCACCAAUCCGGCUCAUCCGAGGGGGAUCCGAUGAGCCAGAUUGGCGAAACGUGCGUCAGGGGUUCUGACAAGCAUGCUUCAUAGCCACUGUAUUACGAGUGAGCUCAUGUUCGGCUUAUAAUGGCGUUUACAGAAAUUCACUAAUACCUGUCCCCAUAUAUUAGUGAAAAAAAACAAAACCGGCUAUCACUCCAAUCUCCAGCUUUCUUUCAUUAUAUUGAAUCUAGGGGUGGGAGGCAUUCCUUAUACAUCCAUUUAGGAGUAACAGGCAUUUUGGUUAAGGGGUGCCCUUGAGGCAUAGAAUUAGUAUUCACUUUACCUCUCCCUGCUAUCACCCUUAUUGAUACAGACAUGUAUUGGCUACAGGGGGGGAGAUGUCCCCUUAUACUGCUGGCUUGCUACAGGUUGUUUUUUUAUUAACCUGAACUUUAUUAAUCUGAACUCAGCCUGUACUACCUGACUCUGUAUUCAUUAUCCCUAUAUUUGGGUAGAACUACCAGAAUUUCAUACACCGACAUUAUAGCUACACCACAGAUAAUUGUUUUGUAAAUAUAUACAUUAUUAUUUCUGUUUGAAUUUUGUUUUCCUUUUCGUUGCGGUGACUUAAUUCACCUCUUAAUCGCUAUAUGAAAAGUUAAGUUUUGUUACUAGAAAUACCUGGCCUAAUUGGUGGAUAUUUGCCACUCCACCAGCGAUACAGUUAUUAUUUCUCUCUCUCCUGGAUGUUCCCUUUUUCCCCUCACUUAUUCCAUAGUGACUAGUCUCACUAGGGGUUACCCCCCACCCCCUCUUCAGGAGGUUAAUAAUAAUAUUACCUGUCUUUACUUGUUUAUUGCCUUUGAAUCUUAAUGUCUGUGAUGGCAUACUUUGGGAAUAAGACAAAUGCUAUAUUCUAUCCCACUUAUUAAAAGAAGAAAGGGUAAUAUUCAUUUUAAGUUGUUUUGUCAACAAUUAGGCAUUCUUAAAGACUGGCUCAUUUUAAGCUGUAAGUAAUCUUGCACAAACUAGAUAGAUUAUCAUAUUUUUUAAACUAUGUUGUUAUUCUGUAAGGUCAUCGAUUCUGCCUGUUAUGCUCUAUCUAUCUUAUAUAUACAUAUUUACCAUAAAACAAGCACAUUUUUUUAAUUAAUCUAGAAAUAGCUAAAUGAGUCUUGAGAGAUCAGUGUAGUUAAAGGGACACUCCACUGCGAAAUAAAAAAAAUAAAAAAUAAAAAUCCUGGUUAAGUGUGUGUGUGUAUAUGUAUGUAUGUGUAUAUAUAUAUAUAUAUAUAUAUAUAUAUAUAUAUAUAUAUAUAUAUAUAUAUAUAUAUAUAUAUAUAUAUAUAUAUAUAUAUAUAUAUAUAUAGCCAAAAGUACAAGAUAGCACUCCAGGGACUUCCAAGUUGAAUGAAUAAAACUUAGCUUUUAUUAGCUCAAAAUAAAAAUCAACGUUUCAGUCUGUAUCACAGACUUUCAUCACUGAGAUAAACAAACCAGGAAGAAACUGGACCGGUUUUAUGCAUUUUUUUUUUUCUUUCAUUGCCGACACAGCGUUAUCUGGAGAUUUUACAGCAGAGCCCCAAGUACGUCAAACAGUAAUGGACUACUACACAACACAGAGUAGUUAAUUGUUAAAAAUAAAAGCAGAACAAGUUUGCAACUCUUGUACUGGCUACGGAUGACGCCUGUGUCUCCCAUUAAAGCGAUCUCCAUUUUGCAGGCUCUGAUAUCAUGAUGCAGCUGGAUGAUGUUGUAAGCAGCACGAUUUCAGGGCCUCGCGUUGAGGAAGCUAUGCACAGGUCUGUGAAUACCCCCUGUUCUGGGGAUGUACAUUGCUGUAUAGUUAUUUAUGGAUAAUUCUCUUUUUUUCUGUUUAUUCUUAUUCCCUUAUCUGCCUCUAAUUUUCCACUUCAGUUUCGCUGCCUCCUCUCAUUAUCCUCUCUCCGUCUGUAAAUAUAGAUCUAUCCGAUGGUUGGACCGUUGUAUUGAUGCUAACAGGAACCCAGAGAAGCAGAAUCUGUUUGCUAUUAUCCAGGGUGGACUUGAUUCCGAGUUGCGCAAGAAGUGUUUGAAGGGUAUGUCAGUUUCUUACAUUUCUGUGCCAUUAAAGGUGCGUGUACUUAAAUACAAUAAAUGGUAUUUAGGAAAAAAGAAAUCUAGAUUAAGUUAGAAAUGUAGAAGUGUGUAGCCAUGUGAAAUAUAAAAAUAUAUUAAUGAGCGAUUUAUUUAAUCCUUUCAUUGACGAGUGUAUGAAGUGUGUGUAUUGUCAGAAGAUCGGUGGAAUCAUUCUCACAUUUAUAUGUACAAGCAAGGAUAUAACACAAGGGAGAUGCCUUACUAAUAACCAUAAAUGAACGGAUUACCCUGGAUUCUUGAUUGAUGCUAAUUUAGAGACACAAUAACAAACAAUAUUGUACAAAAAUAUAUUAAAGGGACACUGUAGUCACCCAGACCACUUUAGCUUAUUGAAGUGCUCUGUGUGCAGUGUCCCUGUCCCACUUAGGCCUGCAAUUUAAAUUAUUGCAGUUUUUGAGAAACUGCAAUGAUUGCAGGACUAAGACUGCUGCUAGGGGCUGUCAAUCAGACAGCAUUUAUAGGCGCUUCCUGCUUCUAGGUGGCUUUUGGUCACCUGAUGCUGGACGUCCUUACACACUCCAUGAGGACAUCCAGCGUCCAUUAACUCCCCAUAGAAAAACAUUGCAGUAAUGCUCUCACAUGGGGAGAGCUUAAUGCGCUCGCCGCGCAUUAGCUUACCCCAUCAUGCGACAUCGGUGGAGGCGGAGCAUUGACCUAGCGACUAGGGAGAUUGGGGCUGGAAUCAGGCAAGUGUUACAAGAUAUAUUUUUUUUAACCCUUGCGGCACCGUGGGUUGGUUAGAGGGAACUUUGUGUAAGGAAUGCAACUCCCUUUAAAGGACCACUAUAGUGCCAGGAAAACAUACUUGUUUUCCUGGCACUAUAGUGCCCUGAGGGUGCCCCCACCCUCAGGGACCCUCUCCCGCCCGGCUCUGGGGAGAGGAAAGGGGUUAAAACCUUACCUUUCUCCAGCGCUGGGCGGGGAGCUCUCCUCCUGCUCUCCUCCUCCGUUCCUCCCAUUCGGCUGAAUGCGCACGCGUGGCAAGAGCUGCGCGCGCAUUCAGCCGGUCGCAUAGGAAAGCAUUCUCAAUGCUUUCCUACGGACGCUUGCGUGCUCUCACUGUGAUUUUCAAUGAGACAGCCACUAGAGGCUUUGGAGGAAGGAUUAACCCAUUUACAAACAUAGCAGUUUCUCUGAAACUGCUAUGUUUAUAAAAUAAUGGGUUAACCCUAGCUGGACCUGGCACCCAGACCACUUCAUUAAGCUGAAGUGGUCUGAGUGCCUAGAGUGGUCCUUUAACUAUACAAAUCAGUAUAUAAACUAAUAAAAAUAUCAGUGAUCAAUAAGCCAACAAGUCUAAUAACAGGCAGUACAAAACCUGAACUCUUCUUUUGGAAAAAAACUGUUAAUGGCGAAGUAAGUGUGCAGGUUAAAUACUACACAUCAGGCAGUUAAACAAGUGUUCGUCACAUUAGGAUCACCUUAAAACAGGCAGAAAUAAACACGUGAGUUCUCUCCGCAAGCUAAUGUUUAAAACCUAAUUCCGUACUACACGUCAUAUUAAAAUGACACUGUUACACCCUGGUUAGAUGACAGUGAUUCUUCUAACAAAAGCUAAUCCAUAUUUUCCUGCCAUACUUUGUUUCCAUAUAUGAGAGUAAUUCAUGAGACUGAGUUUCUAUCAGCUCUGUUUAUGGCAAAAUCGGAAUUAUAGACUGACACACUGCAGUAGAAGAACCUCUUUAAUCCAAAUUGAAUCUGUUUCCUACCUAAAAGGUAAGAUUGAAUGAUUUUAGUCUGCCUACACUGUCAUGUCAUUCCCCUCUGAGCAAUUCCUACUGCUACCUGUAAGUGGCGCUGUAGACUAAGGGAGAAUUUUAAUUCACUCUUAAAGACAUAUGGGCUAUGUCAUAUAAAUGACCUGCCCUCUUAGGACAUAAAUUUUAUGGUUUUAUUGCCACUGUUAGUAAACACAUUCCUUAACUUGAAUCUUCAGACAUUAUAUAAACAAGAUUAUUUAAUACUUUAGACAAUAUAGAUAUAGAAAGCUCUUAUUCUUCUUUACAUUCUAUUGAGAUUAAUGUAAUCUGUGGUCAUUGUGGAUGUUACCAUAACCCUUUCAUGCCGAGAACAUACCUGCCUAAGAUUGUAAAGAUACCAUCAAUUGAUAGAAUAAUUGUGGUCAAGUUAAGACCAUAGUAGUAGUACACAAUAUAUAAUAUGUUACACUAGAAUUGAAUAGAAUAUAGAAUUUGUUUUACGAUAAAAGCAAAAAUAUUUGAUAAAAAAAAAAAAAAUCAAAUCUUAUGCAUUCUUCAAAAAUUAAAUUUGUGUUAUAAUUGCUAUCAAAACCUUUGCUUAUACCAUUAAUGCUAGGAAAUAUUUCUAUCCUAAUUUUAGUAUAAAGUUUUCUGGUUAAAUUCUUCACUGCUUUAAAAAAAAGAUGAAAAAGGGGAAAAAAUGUUCUAUGUAUCAGUCAAGACAUGGCAUUUGCCAAAUCUCUUAAAUUCAGUUUCCAAUAUCAAUACUUCCAUCAGAGACUGAGAGGAUCUCUCCACAUUUAUGGUUUGGGAAUUGGAGUCUGUACUUGUUUUAGAAAUGAUGAAUAUGAGUGAACAACAUGGCUUCUGGCAUCCUUGUUGCAUUAUAAUUCUAAAUAUCAGUUAAUGAUCCAUAGUUCUUGUUUAAAAUGGUCCAUAUGCCCGACAAUUAUCAUUAAUGUUUUUAAUUUUGUUGUUCACGAUCCUUGGCUGUUUUGCAGUCCUAUUUAUUAACCGUUCAUGAUCCAUAGUGUUACAAUCUGGAACUGUGUUUAUGGCUAUUUGGGGAUGGCUUCCAGUUGCCCUAUGACACCUGUAUAUGGGUGGAGUUAUAUGUUGAAAUAACUUGGCAGCUAAGCUUACUCUCUUCUAUCCUAACAACACACAGAGAGUUUACAGAUCUGUACAUAUAUAUAUAUGUAUAUAAAAAAGACGAUUAAAUCAGAUCAAAGUAUUUUCAUUAUUGCUCCUGGGCUUACAUGAUGAUCACAUCCUGUAGUAUACGUUUUAUAUUUGCAGUCAAUAUGUAUGCAAACCAAAGGUAAUAGGGAAAAUUUACUCAAUAGUUACCGUAAUUUUCUUUUCCUGGCUUUUCUUCACGGCAGCAUCAUUCAUGGGUAUCUCCUCCCCCAGCACAGGACCGGAAUAAUAAACUAAUCAGACUAUUGGGUAUAAAAGGUCCGUCCUCCCAUCAUACACUAGUCCAAUUAUAAAGCAAAGGAUAAAUUAAAUGGUGGGAACCUUAUGCUGCCAUGAAGAAUAGCCAGGAAAAGAAAAUUACGGUAAGUAAAUAAAUUUUCACUAUUCCUGGUUAAUCAUGGCAGCAUCACUCAUGGGUAAUACUGGGUAAGCAGUAAUAUUAUUAGAAGGUUUGAGAAUUAAAAACAAACUCAAACCCAUGAGUGAUGCUGCCACGAUUAGCCAGGAAAGAAAAACUAUUGUUUGUUAAUGUAUUUUUACUCUCUGAGGCAGUACUGUAUAAGCUGGAACCUUGUAAGUGUUUACAUAUACUCUUCGUAUUUAUAUUUUUUGCGUAAAUUCUGAUGGAAUAAGAUUACAAUUUGGUUGCCACAAUAGAGUCCAAAUUUCUGUCCUUGAGUACAGAAACCCCUUUUUCGCAGGUUUAAUAGUGAGAAUUUACUGAUAUAGAGCAGGUCCUAUCUUAGUGAUUUGAGGCCACAUUGGGCUACCUCUCUGCAGUUAGAAUUACUCUGACUGUUACUGUUGUUUGCAAUAAGGCAGGAGCAGAUGGUGCAAUGUUUUGCCUGGGUGAUGCAUAAAAUGUACUUGCACACCUGACCAUUAAGUUAUUUAUUGUGAGGGGAGAAAAAAAACAAACAAGCAACCAGCAUUAACAACUUCUCUGUGUCCGUGCUCGAUUGACAUCACUGUUUGGGGCAGUAAUGUGAAUAAGGAGCUUUUAGUGAUCCAAAACAUUAAUUUAUUUUGUGUAGCUGCUACACACUGGUAUGCCUCCUCUAACCAAACUAAAGUACAGCAUUAUAAACUUAGAUUUAUCCCCAAUUUUACGUAUCUAUCGUGUAUAGAAAAAUAAAACUAUAAUAUCAUGUAUAGAUACAUUUAUAUAUUUUUAAACAAGGUUUUCUCCCAUCUGACUCUGUUUCUCGGCAGACGCUCAAUGCCGAGGAAUUUAGACACAGGACGUCCCUCUGCUCUCUACCCAAAACAAACACAGUGCAAAGCGAACCGCGCCGGAUAGGGGUUAUAAGAACAGAGAGACUUAAAGUCACUCCGUUCAGACGUCAGCAAGAUGGCAACGAAGCCAGCGUGUCGGCGUCAUGGAGGAGUUUUCCCCUGUUUGAGGAAGGGUCCGCAAGCAGGGCUAAUCAGCGAAAGCUGCAGGAGGAGUGCAGGUGGUCUGGAGGUGGGUAUUAACAAGCAUCUGUUUAAUUAGAUCGUAGUGGGGGAAUGGAUAGCCAGGUAAGUCAUGACUGUUUCCCAUUAAAGCCAAAAUAGCAGAACUGGAAAAAUUCUCUAAGUCAGCUGAGCUUCCAGUUUGAAAUUGAUUUUGAAUUCUUUAGUAAAUAACCCUGUACAAACUUUGAAAAUCCCACGCCUCCAUGUAUCCUGUGCCACGCUUCUUAUGUUGCAUGUUUUGUCCAAUGCAAUUUUGCUUUAGGCACUUCGCCUGCAUAUAUUUACUUCCUUAAUAAAUAAGUGUAUAUGUGCCGAACCUCUGGCUUAUUUUUCUAGUGCAUACAAGCAAUAAUAUUGGCGGAUAAAUUGGACUGUGCUUUAUUUGAUUUUGCAUUGAGUGCUAAGUCUGUUAGGACGAUUGAAUGCACUGUUUCUUAAAGUAAUUCGUUACAAUAAAGGAAAACUUUUUUUAAAUCGCUAAUAGAUAGUUUUUUAUUUUUAUUUUAAUAAAUUGGCGAGUUUGUUGUGUUGCAACUCUAUGGUCAACUCAUCCCAACCCAUUGUUUACGGAAUACGUUUUUUAAAUUUAAUUUACAAGCCCAAGAGGACCUGAAGCGCGGGGGUUUUCUGUUCUUUUCUGUUUCUCAGAAUUGGGAAAAAAUAAAAAUAAACGGAAAAAAGACUAUAUAAAAAAGCAAAUAAAAAUAAAAUAAAAUAAACUUCAAAGAAAAUUCAGCUGAAAAUGUGAGCUUCCCUGAUAUAGAAUAUUUUAAUGUAGAAUGUCUUUUUGUAGGUUAGAGUAGACUAGGUGAUGAAUUGAGGUUUAUCUACAGACACCAAUAAAUAUUAACAUUUUCUUUGUGCCUGUCACAGUUUUUAGAAUUUUUUUUUCUUAUCUCUUCACAAACAGAGCAAAGAGAAAAUUCGGUUAUGAGAUGCGUCUCUUUCCAAUGGAAAAUGUCAGUUAAUCAGAAAAUGUUUGAUUUUUAUUUGUAAGAUAAUCCAUUGUUCUCAAAGGUAUUUGCUGAUUUGCAAACGCACAAAACUUUUUCUAAAAUAAUAGCUUCUCAAAUCAGGCUUUUCUUCCCUGUACGAUAGUUUAACUCCCUCAUGUCAUGGCAGACGCACUUUAAGCUAUAGUAUAUUUAUGCAAUUAGUAGAUCAAUGAGUGAUAAAUUGCGUAUUUUGUUAUUCAAUUAUUGUAAAGUACUCAAGGUACACUAGAGUCACCAGAACACCUACAGCUCACUGUAUUUGUUCUGGUAAGUAUAGUCAGUCCCUCCAGGCUUUUUAUUGUAAACCCUGUAUUUUCAGAGAAGGCAGUGUUUACAUUGCUGCCUAGGGACACCUCCAGUCACAGUCACUCAGAUGGCUGCUAGAGAUGCUUCCUGGGUUGUGCAGCACUGACAUUUGUCUGCACGCUUUGCAUGGAGGUGCUGAGCUUUCCCCAUAGAGAUGCAUUGAGUCAAUUCAUCUCUAUGAGGAGAUGCUGACUGGCAAUGGAUUGGCUGAGAUCAAGUUUGAUGCUCUCAGGCAAGGGGGUGGGGCGUGGGCGGGGCUAGCCAUGACCAUAUCUGUAUGGCAGGGCUCGACAAAUCCCAGGUCGUCAUGGCGACCAGUAAAUUUGUCCUGGCGCUUGGAAUUCGUGAGGCUGGUUGGGUAAUGGAGAGCUCAGGGAGGCGGCCGGCUGACUGAGGGGUGGAGGGGGUGUCCGGCUGGCAAAUGGAGAGCUCAGGGAGAGGGGAGGCUGACUUAUUGCAGCGGCGAGUGAGCUGUAAUCUCCCUGCUCUGCCCCCUCGCGCACCUUGUAGUGAUGCCAGAAGCCGGGUUAUGACAUCACUCCGGCCCCCGGCUCACUAAACAGUGCGUGGACUGGGUGGAUUUACAUUAAAAUAUAAAAAGUAAUUAUUUGUGAGUGUGUUUGUCUGUGCACCUCUAGAGGCCGUCUCAGAGUGUCGCUAGAGGUGUCACCAGGCAGCAAUGCAAACACUGCCUUUUGCCUGUAAAUUUGUGUCUGUAUGUCUGUGUGUGUUCCCUCCAAUCACAUGAGAAAGCAGUUUUUACUUAACAUUUUCCUCACGCUGUGCUGGUGACGCCACGGCUGGCCCCACCUUCAUGGCUGAGAUCAUCAAUCUUGACGAUCUCAGCAAAUCCAGUGCUUCCCCAUAAGAAAGCAUUGGGAAACUAUUGCGCAGGCACAGCAAAAUGCCGCUGCGCCAAUAAACUUCUCAUAGAGAUGCAUUGAACCAAUUAAUGUAGAUACUGCACAGUGUGACGCGUCUCAGUGACUGUCGCUAGAAUUGUCACCAGGCAGCAAUGUAAACACUGCCUUUUGUCUGAAAAGUCCGUGUUUACAUUGAAAAGCAUUCAGGGACAGGAUAUAGACUUCAGAACAACUACAUUAAGCUAUAGUGGUUCUGGUGACUAUAGUGUCCCGUUAAGAAUUUUAUUUGUGGUGUUGAUUUCUCUGGCUCCUAGAUUCUAAGCAAAUUUGUAAAGCCCUGCCUUACGGUGCUGGAUUAGGUGAGUAAAUCUCGUUUUUAACCAGAGGUAAGGAGAGGCCAGGGGGUUAAACAUCUCUUUAUCACUAUAGUGUCCGGAAAACACAUUCGUAUUCCUGAUGCUAUAGUGUUCCUUUACCUCCUGGCCAGCACAGACUGUACCGCCGUCAAGCAGAGUCCCUGGAUAAACCAAUGAAGGAGCAUGUACCUCCAACAUCAAUCCAAUACGGUGGUCUGAAUAUAGUGACCUCUGUCAACCUGAUCCUGUAUCCCUUUAGCAAAGUGUGAAAUGUGCUCGCUGUAGGAUUAAUUGCAACAAUUACGGUGCAACUACACUAUAGCUGCUGUGCUGGAGAACAUGUGAUCAGUCUGUAGGAGGAUUUUCCUGCUCUCUCCUUUAAUUCUGUUCUCAGCAUAUGUAGACCCUAGUCAUGAGGGUCAGGCGUGUAGGCUUAAUAUCCAGUACGUUUCUAACAAUUCUGCUAGCACAAUGUAUAAAUGUCAUUGUAUGUGUUUAAGGAUUUCUCAACCAUGUCCAUUUCAAAUUGAAUGCUGUACAUACAGACUGUACAUAACUCCUUUGCUUCUGGAGGUGUAUUUCCACUUCGGGCAAUGUCACUGGGGGGUCAUUAGCCAGACCAGAACAAGAGUUACGAUCUGGCUAAUGUCAACUCAGUCAUUGGCUGAGAGCGAUCAGCUGACAUUCGCAGCUAAAGCAAUUCUUUUCAGCUUGGGUAAAAUCUUUAUUAGUUCUAAAGAGGAGUAAAGCCCAAGAUUCUAUUGGGAUCAGUUCAGAGAGCAAAUCAGUAAAUUGGUAAUAUUGCUCCAAAGUGGGGAGCUUUAGGGCAAUGCCACAACAAGAGUGUACGUUGCGUGUCCCUGCACUGUUUGCUGCAUGUAAAGGCCUGUUCUUUGUGCUUGUGUGACAUGUUUGGAAUAAGUCGUUUUUUUACAAUCCUCAUCUGUGUCUGUUCUAAUUGGUGAAAACUGGUUUAAAAUGUAUAGCUAUCUAGUGUUGUUCAAUGUAGUUUAACGAUUCCAAUACAACAAAGCGUACAAAAGGAUAUGUAAAUGGUUGGUUAUUACUUAUAAAGCGCCAACAAAUUCCGCAGCGCUGUACAAUGGGUGGCCUAACAGACUAGCAUAGGGUUGGCCCUAAUACUAGCAUCCCUAUCCACACUUACAGUGGAAUGCCAGGUCUGUGUGUGUGUUUUUGUUAUGUCUGGUGUCACAGUUGUGUAUUAUUGGCUGCAAGAAACAAUCUGUGUUUUUUUUUCUUCUAGAAAUGACCAAACGGGAUGUCCCAGGCUUUGCUAUUGGAGGCCUGAGCGGAGGAGAGGAGAAAGACCACUUUUGGAGGAUGGUGACCCUGAGCACAGAUCACUUGCCCCGUGACAAGCCUCGUUAUCUGAUGGGGGUAGGGUAAGAAGCCUCUUUCUGUUACUCAAACACAAAAUUCUGCGAUUAUUAUCUCUCACUUCAUCACAUAAUGCUGUGUUUAGUAGAUGAUGUACCUUAAUGUGCAAUUUCUAUGGUGCUUUCCAUUCAUCUCUGUAUUACAGAAGCUGCUCCCAGCCCCCCCAUUGCUUGCACUCUCUCAGUACUUUGCAUUAUUACAGAUACUGCACUAGGUCUAGUGGAGCUCUGACGCCUCCCUUGACAGUCCCAUGGUUCUAUUCCUGCAUACAUCAGAAUAUUGCUACAUUUUUCACUCUGUUGUAGAGUCCGGCAGUGCUCUUCAUCCCUACAAAACCUCUGCUUGGUUUUUCCAUAUUCUUGUUUUCCGAUGUCUGCCUCUCUACUCUUCCAUUCCUUGUUUUGAUCUUUGAUUCCUUUUCUUAUCCCAUACCCAGCUCAAUCUACUUGCUGUCCCAAAAAUCAUGUCUUUGUGCUUAUCCUUCCUUCCCCCGUUUCCCACGACCCUCCUUAAGAUUAACUUGUUUCUGCUCCACAGAUAUGCCACUGACCUUGUGGUGUGCGUGGCGCUGGGUUGUGACAUGUUCGAUUGUGUUUUCCCAACUAGGACAGCGGUGAGUGUUCUUUUUAAAACCAUAUUUGAUCAGCACAUGGUGUCUCUUAAAAUGACUCUGUUGCCCAACCGUGUCUUCAGGGCUCAAACUUUCAAUACUUGACCUACUAGACAGAAUUUAACGCUACUCACUACCACAAAUGCACGUACACUAUGCAUGCCAGUUUUUAUGUAAACAGUAAAGAUAUUUGUGGAUUGCGUUCUGUAAAGAAGUGUUUAUGUAUAUACGUAAAUGUGUCUGUGUAAAUAAAUGUAUGCAUGUAUGUAUGUACGUAAAAGUUUUAGGAGUGUGGCUGCAUGUAAAUUGUGGCAUGUGUGGUAGAUGUUUUUAUAAAUCAUUUGGGGAUAAAUGUCACUGAAUACAUUUGUAAAUCACUUGUAUAUAAAUCACUGCAACUAUUCAUAUAAGUGUAGAGGUUAUGUUGCGUGCAGUGAAAAACUGAGAAUGAAAAGAGGAAUUGGAGUAACCCUUUAAAACGGCUGAUGGGAAUAAAAAAAAAAAAAAAAAAAAGUCUUAUGCUUCCUAAAUAAAACAUAUAGAUAAAGCAAGACAACAAAACAAACAAAAACAAUUUCAGUGUCCGCACUCUGUGAGAUCACUGUGCUCCUUGACACCCAAAAUACAGAAUAAUUCCUGUUCACAUUAGGCUGCUAAGACUAUUGAUACCUAUAGUCCUCUUAUUACAGUAUGGUUUAUACUCCCUUGUUAAAUGCUGUUUUAGUGUUAUACCUUGUGCAUUUUGUAUCUGAAUUUAUAGGGACACUAUAGUCACCAGAACAACUACAUCUUAUUGUAUUGUGUUAAAGAGCUUUUCUGGGAAGCUCCCGUCCUCCCUGAUCAGAAUGCUCUCCCCGGCUGUUUCCACCUCCUAUAACCUCCGAUCAAGUACCAGCACUUUAUUUAGUCUACCUCAAUACAAAAAGAAAGUGGCCCGAUCCUCGUUUUCCUACAGAGCUCCACAAUUAUGGAACGACCUCCCGCACACUUUAAAAUCUUCCCCAAGCCUAAAGUCCUUUAAGAGAUCCCUCUCUACAUUCCUUCAAAACAGAAUGCAGAGGGGCUAGAUGGUGUUUUUAAACACUAUAGGGUCAGGAAUACAUGUUUGUGUUCCUGACCCUAUAGUGUUCCUGUAAUUUAUGUCAGAAUUAUUAUUUUCAUCCUCUUGGAAUCAACUAAUGGAAGACACAGGAGUUGUAGAGGGCUAGAUCUACCUACUGGUCAGAUAGAGAUUUACUCAGUUUGUCUCCACUUCCUUCUUUGAAAUAAAGACUGCCUUUUAGAAGAAACCUCAGGUGUGCCUGGAUAUUUUUUUUUUUAAUAGUCUUAAGAGAUUAUUAUUAUUAUUAUUAUUGCCAUUGCCAUUUAUAUAGCGCCAACAGAUUCCAUAGCGCUUUACAAUAUUAUGAGAGGGGGAUUUAACUAUAAAUAGGACAAUUACAAAAAAAACUUACAGAAACGAUAGGUUGAAGAGGACUCUGCUCAAUCGAGCUUACAGUCUAUAGGAGGUGGGGUGUAAAACACAUUAGGACAGAAAUUUGCAGUCAAAUAAGGUGGGCUGCCCUUUAGGAGAGAGCAAGAGACAGGUAUGUGAGGUAGAGGUUAGUCUGGGAGGCUAUAAGCUUUCCUGAAGAGAUGGGUUUUAAGGCCCUUCUUAAAAGAUGCAAGACUAGGGGUGAGUCUGAUGGCGGUAGGCAGGCUAUUCCAUAGGAAGGGAGCCGCCCGCGAGAAGUCCUGGAAACGUGAGUUGGCCAUAUGGGUGUGGACAACGGACAGAAGGUGGUCACGGGCAGAGCGGAGAGAUUGAGAAGGGACAUACCUAUGCAUCUGUGAGGAGAUAUAAGAGGGGCUAGAGUUGUUCAGUGCUUUAUAGGUGUGAAUUAGUACCUUGAAUUGACUCCUAUAUCAUACAGGAAGCCAAUGUAAGGACUGGCAGAGGGGUGAGGUGUGAGAGAACCGACUAGAGAGGAAAAUCAGUCUGGCAGCAGUGUUCAUUAUGGACUGUAGCUGUGCAGUACGGCUUUUGGGAAGACCAAUCAGGAGAGGGUUACAAUAAUCCAUGCGGGAAAUUACUAGAGCAUGGACAAGCUCCUUGGUAGCAUCUUGUGUAAGAAAGGGGCGGAUGCGGGCUAUGUUUUUAAGAUGGAAUCUACAGGAUUUGGCAACAUGCUGGAUGUGAGGCUCAAAUGUGAGGCCAGAAUCAAGCAUGACACCAAGACAGUGCACUUGCAAGGAUUGACUGAUGUGGGUACCACAAACUAGAAGUGAGAGCGAAAGAGGAGGAUCAGUAUUAGGAAGAGGAAAGACAAGGUGCUCAGUUUUAGAGAGAUUGAGUUUCAGAAAGCGGGAGGACAUCCAGUCAGAGAUGGAAGAAAGGCAAGCAGUGACAAGUUGCAGGACGGCAGGGGAGAGGUCCGGGGAGGAGAGAUAUAACUGGGUGUCAUCGGCGUACAGGUGGUAGUGGAAUCCAAAAGAGGUAAUAAGUUUGCCAAGAGAGGCAGUAUAAAGAGAAAAUAGAAGGGGACCAAAGACUGGGACCGGACGAGGGGAGGAAGUAUCAUUAGAAAAGGAGACACUGAAUGAGCGUCGGGAGAGAUAAGAGGAAAACCACGAGAGGACAGAGACCAAGUGAUUGAAGAGUUUGAAGAAGGAGGGCAUGAUCAACAGUGUCAAAGGCCGCUGAGAGGUCAACAAGAAUUAGUAUGGAGUAGUGGCCUUUGGAUUUAGCUGCGAUUAGGUGGUUAGUAACUUUGAUAAGCGCAGUCUCAGUAGAGUGGAGAGGGCGGAAGCCAGAUUAAAGAGGGUCAAGGAGAGAGUUGGAAUUGAGGAAGUGAGACACACAGAUAUAGACAAGUCUUUCCAGAAGUUUUGAGGAAAAAGGGAGCAGGGAUAUGGGACGAUAGUUAGAGGGGGUGGACGGAUCGAGGGAUUUUUUUUUUUAGUAUAGAUACUACAGUGGCAUGUUUAACGUCAGCAUGGACAAUGCCAGAAGAGAGCGAGCAGUUGAAGAUGUCCGUUAAGGAAGGCACGAGACAAGUGGAGAGAGAUCUAAUAAGGUGAGAUGCGACAGGAACGAGUGGGCAAGUGGUGAGGCGAGAGGAAAAGAGAAGAGCAGCCACCUCUUGGUCAGUAGCUGGGGAGGAUGUCUAAAGGGUAGGAAAGGCAUGAUCUAUGUGUGGUUGAAAAACAGAAUGGCAAGAAGGCGAGAAUUCUUUCCUUAGCUGUUCAAUCUUGUCAGUAAAGUAACAUGCAAAGUUAUCAGCAGUAAGGUUAGUUUGGGGGGUGGCCAUAGCAGGGUGAAGAAGAGAAUUAAAGGUGUCAAAGAGACGCCUGGGAUUGCGGGAGCAUGAACUAAUGGGAGAGGAAAAGUAGGACUGUUUGGCAAGGGCUGCGCUGUAUGAACACAAUAUGAAUCUAUAAUGGAGAAAGUCUGACUGGGUGCAAGACUUCCUCCAGGAACGUUCAGCACAACGGGAGCAUCUUUGCAGGUAGCGUGUUGAUUUAGUAUGCCAUGGUUGGGGCUGGUCCUCCUCGAGGUGCUUGUUUGGAGCGGUGCUGCAGUGUUCAAGGCAGAGGUGUUAUAUGCGAAGAUGGCCAGUGAAGGACAGGAGAGGGAAGAGAUGGACAGCAGUCGUGAAUCAAUAUCAGCGAACAACUGCUGGAGAUCAAGAGAAUUAAGGUCCCUCCUGAGUUGGGGGGGAUUAGGCUGAGGUUGUUGGGUGAGGGGGUACACGAGAGCAAAUGAUAAGGGGUGGUGAUCAGAGAGAGGAAAUGGAGUGUUGCAUUUAUUAGAUACUGUACAUGCAUAAGAUAAGAUUAGGUCAAGGGUAUUGCCAGCUACAUGGGUGGGAGAAUUAGCCCACUGUGAUAGUCCGAGGGAGGGAGUAAUUGAAAGCAGUUUAGAGGCUGCAGAAGUCAAAGGUGGGUUAAUAGGAAUAUUGAAGUCCCCGAGAAUUAGGGAUGGAAUAUUAGAAGAGAGGAAAUAGGGUAGCCAGGCAGCAAAGUGGUCAAGGAAGAGAAGAGGGGAACGAGGGGGACGAUAAAUAACAGCAAUGUUAGCAGAGAAGAGUUUGAAAAGGCGAAUUGAAUGUAUUUCAAAUGAUGGGAAAGAGAGGGAGGGGUGGGUGGGUAGGUAGAGGUUUAAAGGAGCAGUGAGGGGAGAGGAGAAACCCUACACCACCACCUUUACAUUCAGAGUUUCUUGGGUUGUGGGUAAAUUGAAGACCACCGAAGGACAAAGAUGCAGGGGUAGUAGUGUCAGAGGGGGAGAGCCAGGUUUCUGUUAAGGCUAGUAAAUCUAGGGAACGAGAGAGGAAGAGGUCAUGGACAGCAGUGGAUUUAGUAAUAUUGCAAACAGAGCGUGCAUUCCAGAGGGCGGUACUGAAGGAGGAUUUAGAUGAUACCUUUGCUCAGAAGAUUCUGCAGGACUUGGUUGCUUGGGAGUGCUGGCUGUUAAUGCUGUUUUAAGGGGCCCAGUCUGAAAUAUAAGGUCUGAGGUUAGAAAGAAAAAAAAGAAAUAAAACACACUAUUAUGGGAUUGGCCCUCUUUCUGUAGCACCCUGCAGGAAGCAUCCCCCCUCCCUCUUUAGUGUGCAUUUUACUCUUGUUUUCUUGUGUGCAAAUUCUGACCCACAAACACACUCUCUGACCCAUACACACAAACACACUCUGACCCAUACACACACCAUACUCACACAGAGACUAAUACACACUGACCCAUUUACACACAAACACAUUGACAUGCAUACCUACAAACACUCCAUUUACACAUACUACUACAGGCCCCAUACCAUGUUUAACAUAUCAGCAGGCUUAAUGGGACACUGUAGACACCAAAAUGACUUUAGUAUAAUGGAGCAGUUUUGAUGUAUAGAUAAUGUCCCUGCAGUCUCACUGCUCAAUCCUCUGCCAUUUAGGAGUUAAAUCACUUUGUUUAUGCAGGAAUACAUAACCGGAAUACUGGCUAUCUGCCUAAAUCACUUCGCGUCUAGAUAAAUGCUAGAAGAGGCAAAGAGGCAUCACAGGAACCGGCCGUGUGUGUCGACCCCCAAUGCGCGUUUCGCCGGAAUUCGGCUCAUCAGAUCAGUAUUGCUGGUUCCUAUGAUGCCUUUAUGCCUCUUUGCCUCCUCUAGCAUUUAUCUAGACGCAAAGUGAUUUAGGCAGAUAGCCAGUAUUCCGGUUAUCACAGGAGCGGCACACAGAUCAGAAUCCUUAUUUGAGAUAGCCAGUGAGAGUACUUGGUAUCACUAGACAGGUGCCCUUGAAGGCCCAGAAAAGGGACAGUUUAGCCCGAGCCUCGUUGGACACGAGGCACCUGCAGUCUAAAUUCAACAGAAUCGGUAUAGCUAGAUCUUACUUGUUGACAGUUGCACUUGAAGGCACAGACUAGCUUGUUUAUGGUUUUUUCUCGCUGGCUCUAUCACUACUACUGUUUAGUUAGUGAGACGAGACAACUCCGCUUUGGUUGACAGGUGCCUUUGAAGGCACAGAUAGGUGUAUUUCUAUCCUGAACCUUGGAGGACAUUAGGCACCUGCUGUACAUAUUAUAUCCUAUAGAUUUUAUGCUCUGUAGAGACAUUACAGCUAGACUUGACUUUGACAGGUGCCCCUCCAAGCACAGACUAGUUUGCCUGUUUUCUCUCGCUAGGACUCCAUCACUAUUACUAUUCAUCUAUCUAUUUAGUUAACAAAUAUAGAUUCUGGCUUAACUAGAGAGAUUAAUUGAUCAUAACUAUCCAGAGACAUUAUUAAAUCUCUCUCCCCUCUAGCCAGAUAACAUUAUCAGAUCGUAUCUCCAUGUUAGUACACCUAGUUUCACUGCACUAGCACUCCCCUCUAUAUUAUACUGAGCGACCCCCACCAUAAGGGUCUACUCAGUCUCAGAAGGUAUUUCCCUUGGAGUCAUGGCUACACUAUAGAGCUGCCGUUUGGACUGUAUAGUAUGGUGUUUUACUAUAUUUGGGUGUGAGACUUAGACAAUUGUAUCACUCAGGGAAUUACCAGUGGAGAUUCUAACAACACAAAAUAGAUAAAUUUGUGUUGUAUCGAUUUCUCCUAUACAUUUCUGGUACAUCACUCCAAUACUAUUCCAUUUAUACUGCACUCAUUUGGCUACUGUGUAUCUUUUUUUCCAGGCACACAGAGCCUUUUGCAGUUAUUCUAUUUGGGCUGCACUCCUAUACCCCGUAUCUGUUCAUAUGUUCUUCACUCCCCUACCCUACUGUUAAUUAUCCCCACUUUUGUCUAUUUAGAGCACACUAGCACACCACUGUAUUCAAGUGUGGCAAGUGCAGCAUGUGUACGUUCGUCUGUUUUUCAGUCUCAUAAUAAAGUAUAUUAUAGAUUAUUUUUUUUAACCUUCAUUAGUUUUUCCUUCUUAAAACCACUCUGGGUCAGAUUUUCUCUCGUUCUAACAAGGACUAAAAGAAUGGUUAAAAUUGCAGUGUCCUAGGCAUCGUGCAAUAUAAAUCCCACAUCCCUGUGUCAACCAACAGCCAACUUAUAAUUAGUUUUCUAGUUGUGACAGCUCCGCUUUAAGUUUUCUCAUCUAAUCUCUGUUUGUUUUUGUCAUUUUAUUCUUACUCGGCUUGAAAUUCUCUCGCCACUAUUUACUAGAUAGGAGGGAAAGGUUUCCUGACAAGCUAACAUUAUUUAUAUGAAACAAAAAAUAUAUUUUCUACUUGUCUGCUCCACUUCCUGGUCACGGGUGAGUGGUCCAGUGGCAAUUACCAGCCCUGACUAUUAAUAUGUUAAGAAAAUCAAUUUGCAAAACUUAAUAUUCUGCUGUUAUUGAGGGCAUGCAAAUCCCGACCAGGGCUCUAAACCAUUGUGUCUCUGCAUAGCAAAGCAUUAAAAUUCUAUCUGUAAUUCUCAGUAUAUUUUAUUUAUACAGCGGCUUAGCUAUGUUUUAAAAUGAAGGUGUGGGAUGCAGAAGAUAUUUUUUUUCUUGAUUAAUAUUGGUUAGUUGAAGCACAUUUUGAACCCAGUCAUUGAAUGUGACUUGGUAAAGUAUAAAGAAAUUUGCCCAGUUCCUUAUCAAAACAAAUAAUAAAGCCUUUUUUUUUCUAAGUACAUGUGUACGAGUACAAAUUGAAUGCCAAGGGAUCCCCCACUAAUCUUCUCAUGUACAUGCCAAAGGAGAUGCCAACAGGGUUUUGCUGGCUGAUUUGAAAUGUAAUCAAAAUUCUGCUUGGCAUGUUUUGCCAUCUUCAAAGGAAUAGAAUGCAGGAGUUAGAAUAGUCUUAUUUAUUUUCUGUACGUUUUAAUGGGGUGCAGUUCAGCUGGUCGGUAUAAGGAGAAUUGGAUUUGGUUGCCAGUUACUUACAUUUUGUUUUGAAUAUUUUUAUUGUUAUCAUAACACAUAUACAGGUAGCAUCUUUGUUUGUAAUAAAGCAAAGAUCGCCCACGCAGGGGCGUAGGUAUCAGUGCAUACGCAUGUUUGCAUUUCGUCGCCUACGCAGAGGCUGGUUGGUCAUUGCAUGUGUGAUAUAGCAGAUAUAUUCAUAUUCGUUUUUUUUCCGCAUUUUACAUCUGUAGGACUUGUAGUGCAUCUUUAUUGUGGUUAAACAGACGAGUAUGGUUUUGAGUGUUUCUGCCCUGUGCAUAUUAAUUUUUGUGCCUGGGGGCCCUGUGACUUUUCGCUAGUGUGUUGCAUCGUAUCUAAACCGGGGAUGCAGUAGCGGCGUACAAAUUGUAUCUUGCUUCUCUGCUGGUAGCAUUCGGUUUGUUGGCUUUCUAUUUGUGCCUCUGCUGUGGGGCAUAUAGCUGACAUUUAACCUUGUCCUGCUUUGCUCUGGUACAUGUAACUGUAAACUACUUGUGCAUCUAAGUAUCUGUUGUUUUGUGUAGCUUGGUGUUUCGAGGUUGUGCUUGUCUAUUUGCGCACUGUAUUUGUCUCCGUAAUAAGUGUGGCUAUUAGGUAUACUGAGCUGGGGUGCGCCAGUGUGUGGUAUAGAUUACAUCAAUGGUUCGUGUGUACUAGGUGUUGGGUAUCCCUUGGUUCUGGUGCGUUGUAGCCUGCUUGGAGGCCUGGUUGUUACUUACAUUUUGUCUGUUUGGAACUAUUGUUAUUUUGUACAGAAUUUGCUAGGUUUUAACGGCUGACCAAAUGGAAGGCUGUUGGUAGCUUAAAUACAGCUGAUAUAACAAAUUCUGACUUUUUAUAAAUAGCCCAGUAUGUCUCAUAUAGCAAAUUUUAUUUUAAACAGUCAUUCUGAAUAUUCUGGCAUCUAUUUGGCGCAUGGUAAUUCAAGCUAAUUUUUCUUCAAAUUUAUUCUGCAGUGCACUGUUUUACCGCACUAUAACACUCAUUGAAUAAAUGUCGGAUUGUUCACUUAACUGAACAGUUUUAUCACCGUUCCCAAUUUAGGGAAGAAUCCGGUUUGAUUUUCAUAUGAACCCCCUCCCCCCCCAAAAAAAGAACCUCAUACACAAUUUAAAUCAUUAUUCAUUAAAGCAGCACUCUAAGGUUAUGAUAAAAUUCCUCUGAUUUUUCUAAAAUCAAAUCUAUUUACACGCAAUAGCAACGUUAAAUGUCUUUUUAUGAUGUGUCUAGGUAACUGGAUGGGAUCAGAUUCCUGAGGAAUCCCUUUAAUCUUUCCAGGUGUCUUUAAAAGGUUUGAUAAAAGCCCCAGAGGGUUUGCAUCCGUAGCCUUCUAGCCCUGUACCUACUGUGGUUAUGGUGCUCGGAGCGUCCCUUUAACCACUGGCGCUCGGUACUGUAUUUAAAUUUUAUUGAUAAAUGAAUAUAAUUGGUCGGCGGUAUUUAUAAGUCUCCAUAGAUUUAUUAAUAUUGUAGAUUUUUGUUUUAUUAAAGCAUUUAAACCUAUCAGUCCUGGCUGUUUGCUUCUCUGAUACGUGUAACAGGUGUAGGCAAUGUUUUGUUUUGGCUGAUGGCUUCUGCUUCCUUAGUGAUGGUGCACCUUGAUCUCCGACUGUGAUGUUUUUCCAUUCUGUGCUGUCUGAGUCUGUAGAAUUAUAGCUUCUCCGCCGGGUAGGGGUCUCUGCUGAGACGCUUGCUCAUCUGCAGUAUCACAGAGUGUUUGUGGCCCCUGCAGGGCAGCAAUGUUUUCCAUUGGAUUUACUGCUGUUUGCCUUGUUUAUCUGCAAACGACUUCAUUUUACAAGCAGCCUUUUCCCAGCUUUGUGUGUUUGGCUGAGGAUUCUCUGCUGUGCGCUGUGGCAUGGCGCAAAGAGUGCAGAUGUGUGAUGUAUUUUGCUGCUGGGAGGCUUCACUUGAACUCCUGCUGAAUGUAUUUGUUUUCUGAUUGUCCCAUCCCACAGUAUCUAUUACUGUAGUCAUGUAGUCGCUGUUUGUUGUAUUUUAGGACCGUCAGACUAGAUUUAUACCUAGAUCGUUUCAUUCCCGAUUUUCUGGUCAGUUAAUCCUUUUUACAUUUUGGAUUGUGAACGUGUAUCACAGAGCUCCACAGUGAUAAAACUCACAGUAUUAUGCAGCGAAUGAGUGAAUAACAGAGCUCCAAUCAAUAUAAUUCACAUUAACGUGCAGUGUAUGAAUGUAUACAUGGGUCAAUGGCAAAGUAAAGAUAAAAAUGCCACAAUAAUGUGUAUAAAUAAAAUAUAUUGCCUUUAGUUACAGGUAUCCUACUCAUUUCCUUAGUUAUCUGUAAGUCUCUGAUGUUUCUUUAACAUUCUUGCCUGAUCACAAGCCACCUCUGUCUAUUUUAGAUAAUUUGGAUAAUGUGGAGAGCGUGAGCGAAGAUGUAAUGUAGUUCUACAAUGAAAAGCAAAUGACACUUUAGUGGACUUGUGACCUGCUAACACUGUUUUAAUACGUACUAUGUAAAAUGAUUUAUUUGAAAUUAAAUAUUUCCAUCUUUCUGCCUUGAAGCUCAUUAUGAUUUAUAAUUAACGACACUCAGAGUAUUUGUUAAUCAUAUACUUCUGUAUAAAAGUACAGUGUAAAGGCUAGAUUUCACUUUUUAAUCUAUUUAAGGAUUGUUCUUCACAUGACUCAAAAACGUAACUAAUGAUUUGCAAGAUUAACGAGUGAUACAUAUUGUACCGGUCUCAUUAUCGGCAUUUACGAGGAUUCCAAGAUUGGAUGACCCUCUGAAGGAGAAAGGUUCUUUUGAUAUUGUUCACAUGUUCUGAAGAUGGUUGAAACAUGCCGUUCAUUUAGAAUUCUCUUGUGUUCCACAGAGGUUUGGCUCCGCUCUAGUUCCAUGGGGAUCUCUACAGCUGAAGAACAAGCAGUUUGCUAAAGAUUUCCAACCAAUAGACAAGGAUUGUUGCUGUCCCACAUGCAAGCGGUAAGAUAAGAUGGAGCUGUAAUAUGUGAAGUAUGUGCCUUCUACCGCAGUAUGACACUGACAGGAGGGAGCUAUGGGACAUGGAGUCUGUCCCUCCCAGCACAGGGUGACACAGACAGGAGGGAGCUAUGGGACAUGGAGUCUGUCCCUCCCAGCACAGGGUGACACAGACAGGAGGGAGCUAUGGGACAUGGAGUCUGUCCCUCCCAGCACAGGGUUACACAGACAGGAGGGAGUUAUGGGACAUGGAGUCUGUCCAUCCCAGCACAGGGUGACACAGACAGGAGGGAGUUAUGGGACAUGGAGUCUGUCCCUCCCAGCACAGGGUGACACAGACAGGAGGGAGCUAUGGGACAUGGAGUCUGUCCCUUCCAGCACAGGGUGACACAGAAAGGGGAGAUAUGGGACAUGGAGUCUGUCCAUCACAGCACAGAGUGACACAAACAGGAGGAAGCUAUGGGACAUGGAGUCUGUCCCUCCCAGCACAGGGUGACACAGACAGGAGGGAGCUAUGGGACAUGGAGUCUGUCCAUCACAGCACAGAGUGACACAAACAGGAGGAAGCUAUGGGACAUGCAGUCUGUCCCUCCCAGCACAGGGUGACACAGACAGGAGGGAGCUAUGGGACAUGGAGUCUGUCCCUCCCAGCACAGGGUGACACAGACAGGAGGGAGCUAUGGGACAUGGAGUCUGUCCCUUCCAGCACAGGGUGACACAGACAGGAGGGAGCUAUGGGACAUGGAGUCUGUCCCUCCUAGCACAGGGUGACACAGACAGGAGGGAGUUAUGGGACAUGGAGUUUGUCCCUCCCAGCACAGGGUGACACAGACAGGAGGAAGCUAUGGGACAUGGAGUCAGCAGUUUUUUUUUCCCUCCCCAUUUUUUGCUGCAAUGAUCUAGAUAUUCGAGAUGAUCAUCAUAAUGCACAUUUAUGCAGGGUUUAAUGGGAAAUGCUUAGCACAGCUUUAGAGAGUUUAAGUAGACAUCAUAAUUGGCUUAGUCACUGCCUGGCUUGAUCAUAGCUUACUGCAAGAGGUGCAAAGUCUGUUGAUUUGCAGGAAUUGUAGGAAUAUCAAAUGUUAGUAUCUUUAUUUGAUUUUUCAUAUAUUUGUAAUCCUUUAUAUAACUUGUCAACCCCAGCCUAGUCUUUCUACUACUCACUUUAAUAUUUCUAUUUAUAUGUUUGUUCUACCUAUAGAUACUCCCGUGCCUACAUCAAUGCCUUGUUUAAAAGUGAUACAGCUGCAAUGCAUCAUAUUACAAUACACAACAUUGUUUAUCAGGUGAGAAAAUUAUAGGCUAUAUUUUUUUUUUAAUUGGAUAUAUUUUUUCAUGCAAGUCCCAUGAGUGCUCUCGUUCUUCAGAGAUAGAUAUAUAUAUAAUUUCAGGUUUGUGAUAAUGUUACCUUUCAACUGCAGGAAUGUUGAAAUAAAUGGUGGAAAUAUUUUAUUUACCACUAUAGAUUUUUUUUCGUUUUGUUACUGAUAAGUGAGUAUAUGCAGAUUGGGGCUCCGUUACCGAGACCUUUGAAGGUGAGCACUUUGAUUUUAUUUUCAAUCCUGGCAGCAGUUGGAAGCCAGUGUAAGUAUUGACAAAGUGGCACAGUGUGAACACAGCAGGAGUUUCAGAAGAUAAGUCCGGGAGCAACAUUCAUUAUGAAUUGUAAGCCGGUAAUCUUUCCUGGCCAGUAUAAAAUAGAUUAAAGCGACACUAUGGUCACUAGAACAAUUACAGCUUAAUGUAGGGGUUCUGGUGUCUAUAGCCUGUCCCUGCAGGCUUUUAAAUUUAAACACUGCCUUUUCAGAGAAAGGCAGUGUUUACAUUGAUUAGAUAGAAAUUAGUAUACCCCUUGUUAUCCUACAUUUUGGACCUAUAUUGUGAGCACUUUAGUACCUGGGUUUAUGUGACUGUUUACAUGAUUUACUUUCUGCAUGUUUGCACUUUCUAUUUUGUGUGUUUUACAUCUUGUUUUUUGAAUAAAGAUUUUUUUCUAUGCAAUAUUGUAUGGUGUGCUUUGCGGUUAUUUUUUCGAUGUGAUCUAUGGACCUGGAGAGGCACAGGAUUUCUUUCUCAUUAAGCCCCCAUGCACGUUAAUGGCCGCAUUUUACACAUAUUGAUCCACAUCUGUUGAGCGCUGGAUAUAGUGUCUAGUGCCGAGGUUGGGCUGAGUAUAUUAUCUGACACUUUAUCAACAGCGUGAAUUCUAACUACUGGAUGACCUUACCGUGCAUCACCCCUUAAACUGCAGGGUGACAAAAGUAUGAAUUAUGUGAAUUAGAAGUAUGUCUUAAACCACAGGUUUUACAUGUAUGUUCUCUCUUUCAUAGUUAAACUUGAUGCGCUCUGUAAGAGACAGCAUCCUUCGAGGCCAAUUCCCACAAUUUGUUCAGAACUUCAUGAAAACCAUGUACAGCGGCAAAGACAAGUAUCCUCAAUGGGCUGUAGAUGCUCUAGAAUCCGUCAACAUCUCCUUGUUGUGACACCAUGUAGAUGCAAGCCAAGAUGUAAGAUUAAUUUUUAAGAAAGGACGUAUCAUAGCUCUUUGUGACAUCCUCUUCUCAAUAACAACUGUCUGCAAGAAGAUGACUUUCAGAAGAGCCUCCAGCACUUAACUGGCAGGCGAUGUAUAUUUUAUUUGUGUAAUGUGUAUUUUUAGAUGCACCAUACGUGAAUAUCUAUUCUGUGUACUGUAUUUUAAUUUUGCAUAUUUUCUGUCUAAUUAUGCCUUUAAAAGUAGUUUUACAAUAAAG